AUGAGUUUCGUUCUUGGUACGAUACCCACCCCUCCGGUUCAUGAUCCACACUACAGUUCUUGGACCUACUACAACUCAAUGCAAGACCUUCAUGAUCGGUACUAUCAAAGCAAUGGCCCUCGUAUUUACCAACUCAAGCAGUCCAUAUCCAAUAUCAAACAAGGGGAUCUUGACAUUACCACUUAUUUUACCAAGUUGCAAACUCUGUGUGAUGAACUGACCAUGUUUAGGCCACUCACUGAUAGUGCCUCUUCCAAUUACCAAGAACAAGAUUAUGUCUUGUAUUUUCUAAUGGGUUUAAAUGACUCCUAUGCCCAAAUUCGCUCCAAUAUUCUGAUGAUGGAGCCCCUCCCUCCCAUUAACAAAGUGUUUUCUCUAAUCAUCCAAGAGGAAAAACAACGCCCCUUGUCUAACCUUCAGUUACCCAUUGCUGCCCCUGUUCACAGAAGCAACCCUUUUGGGAAGAAACAUUUCUUGUGCACUCACUGUGGCCUCCAAAACCACACACGCGACCGUUGCUACAAACUCCAUGGAUUUCCCCCUGGUUGGAAACCGAAACCUCGUGACUCAAACGCCUCAUGGACCGCCAAUAAACCUGAUUUUCCAUCCAAGCCUCCACUGAAACAUGCAGUAGCCACUGCUGUUUGUAAUGGUCCGCAUUCUUCAACUUUCACUCCUGAACAGUGCCAGUAA